AUGUUCGGGUCUUCAGCUCCUGCUUUUGGGUCAAAUGUAGCGCAGACCGCCAACUCUCCAUUUGGGGCAGGCGCCCCGCAGACGACUAAUAACGCCGCUUCGGGUUUUGGAGGUUUUGGUUCAAUGGGCCAGAAUAAUGCCAACGGCAGUGCUGUGGGUUCGACCGGUAGCACAGGCCUUUUUGGUAUGUCUAACAAUAACAACAAUGGUAACACCGUUGGAUCCGCUAAUGCGGGCAAUUCGGGGCCUUUCGGCCAGGCAACUCCGGCAGCCGGCAACUCUGCUUCUCUGUUUGGCCAAUCGGGAGCAUCGAAUGCAGUUUCCCAGCAGCAAGGCCCAGGAACAGCCAUGAAACCUUUUUCUGCAUAUAUCGAAAAAGAUGCUACCACGGGCAUGAACAACGUGUUCCAAUCCAUAUCUUGCAUGCCAGAAUACAUGAAUUUUUCUUUUGAAGAGCUCCGGCUCCAGGAUUACCAAGCAAAUCAAAGAUUUCCAACCAAUGCUCCUCAAGCUGCCGCCGGUGUUGCCUCGCCAUUUGGGGCCAAUCAGUCGAAUUCUCCUUUCAAUAAUACUAACUUGUCUUCUUCCUUCGGUAUGGCAGGCAAUAAUCCUAGUGCUAACUCGGGCGGGCUUUUUGGACAAAACAACGCGGCGGCGGGCACAGGUACAGCAUCCACUUUUGGACAACCCGCCAACUCUUUAUUUGGCAGCAAUGCUCAAAACAAUACGGCCAAUUCACCAUUUGGGAUGAAUAAACCUGCCUCAGCUGGUGGUCCAUUCGGUCAGAACAGUAGUGGUGUCAGUGGCAACACUGGAGGACUAUUUGGCCAGAAUGCCAACACCCAGAAUCAAGCCGGAAGCGGAGGACUGUUUGGUCAAAGCAACACUAAUACCGGCUCUACUGGUGGCUUAUUUGGCGCAUCUAACACCGGUCAAACCUCUGGUGGUUUGUUUGGGAACAACAAUGUCAAUACGAACGCAGGCGGUGGUCUGUUUGGUCAAAAUAAUCAGAACCAGAACGCGCCAUUUGGUGGUACCAACAACAAUGCUGGUGGCAGUCUUUUUGGUCAAAAUAAUAACACCACUACCAAUUCUCCCUUCGGCCAACAGACGCAAGCUAGUGGUGGCCUAUUCGGUAACAAAAGCAACACAACAGGUAGUUUGUUCGGUGGUAACAAUUCUAACGUUUCUUCCGGCUCCGGAGGCCUGUUUGGCCAAAAUAACAACGCCCCCGCGACACAAUCGCCAUUUGGUCAAACGAACACUACUAGUGGAGGACUUUUCGGACAGAAUCAAAACCAGUCAGGAGCUGCCACUGGUGUCUUCGGCCAAGGUAACAACACUAACGCGGGAGGGCCAUUCGGACAAACCAACACAUCAAACACAGGAGGAGGGCUUUUUGGUCAGAAUAAUAGCACUAAUUCAGGCGGCUUAUUUGGACAAAAUAAUGGGACAAACUCAACUUUUGGCCAAAGCGGGUCAGGUUUCUCAUCAUUUGGCCAACAGCCUCAAGGGCAGACACAGGCCAGUAAUUCCCUUUUUGGUAAUAAACCGUCGGGUACUACGGGUGGUGGUUUGUUUGGGCAGAGCAACAACCCAACUGCCUCAGGUUUCGGUCAAGGGAAUUCCAAUGGUGGGUUAUUCGGGCAAAACAAUGCCAACAACAAUACAGCAGGCACCACUGGUAGUUUGUUUGGACAAAACAACGCCGCCGGAUCGGGGGGAGGAUUAUUUGGUCAAAAUAAUCAACCGCAACAGCAAUCGGUAGGGGGCGGUUUGUUUGGACAAAAUUCCAAUCAACAGCAAACAUCCAGCGGCGGACUAUUCGGACAAUCUUCUAGCAACUCAGGAGGUGGUGGUCUGUUUGGGCAAAACAAUAACCAGCAACAGUCGGGAGCAGGCUUAUUUGGUGCCAAACCAGCCACAAAUGCCGCAGGUUCGAGCGGUGGGCUCUUCGGCCAAAAUAACAACCAACCUGCAGGGGGUGGUCUAUUUGGACAAAGCAAUAAUUCUGGUGAAACAAACACGGGUCUUUUCGGCAAUAAACCUGCUGCUCCUGCUACCGGUGGAUUGUUUGGUCAAAAUAAUACAACUUCAAGCAGUGGCGGUCUCUUCGGUCAAAAUAAUGCUAAUGCUAAUGCCAACACGGGCACCACAGGUGGGUUGUUUGGUGCCAAACCCGCCGCUACUGCGAAUACUAAUGGGGGGCUUUUUGGUUCCAGGCCUGCAGGUACAACCGGAACGACAGGAGGGCUCUUCGGAUCUAAACCAGCAGGUAAUUCAACAAGCAAUGGGGGAGGUCUGUUUGGAUCCAAGCCCGGUGGAACUGGUUUGGGCUUCAAUAAUGGCGCCUCUGCUGCCAAUGGCACUGCAGGUGCUUCAUCUGGCCUCUUUGGUAACCAGCCCAACCAACAAUCAACCCUCCAAGCGUCUCAGCCUUCAACUCAGCAAAACAAUACAAACCCUUACGGAACUAAUGACUUAUUUUCAAGGGUUCUCGUCCCUAAUUCCAUUACGAGGCCGAAUAAACCAAGUGCUACCAAGUUGAACGCUGAUGUGAAAAAGAAGGCCAGUUUAUCCGGCGCCUACAGACUUGCACCCAAGCCGCUAUUCUCACCAAAGAGCUCAACUAUUAGUCCUAUAAUGCGUCUUGGACCUAGCGCCUCAACCAAGACCAGUACUUCUAAGUCUGUCGCAGAUACAUCGACAGAUUCCUUAGGAAGAGAGCUCUUGCCAGAAAAUAAGGGCUCUUCAUCUCUCUUCACAAAUGAUAGUGACGAAUUGAUUUUAGCUUCCAACGACCUGCUGUUCAAUCCGGACAAAAAGUCUUUCAAGAACCUCAUAAUUAAUAGGAAAAGAAUGGAAGAUUCUAAUGAGAAAGGUGAUGGCGACGUACUUCGUAUCACUUUUACUGCUGAAAGCGAUGAUAAAGGCUCGGGGAGAACUAUCGGUUCUGUUAGUACCCAGGAAAACGGUAAAAAGGAGACAAAUAUGUUUGGAGACGGGCCAAUCCCUUCAUCCCUUCCUGAAAGCAAGGCUGAGACCCCUUGCAAGGGCACGCUUGCAUCUACUCCCUUGGCUAAGGAUUCUAGAACGCCGUCAAAGAUAUCAGCUACAUUAAAUGGCAAAGGUGAUGUUAUUGACAGAUCGCUAGCGGUCAUUGGAGAUGAUAUAUCUCUUGACGAUGACGGGUACUACAUGUCACCAUCUUUAGAGACCUUGUCAUCAAUGACUUUGCUGCAACUCCGCAAAGUUAGCGGCUUAACCAUUGGCCACAGAGACUGCGGUAAGAUAGAAUUCUUAGAGCCUGUUGACUUGUCCAACGUUUCGCUGCCAGCUCUGUGUGGUCAGAUCGUCGUGUUUGAACCACGAGUUUGUAGUGUAUACCCUAACGCCUCACAGCUACCAUCGCGGGGAGAGGGCUUGAACGUUCGUGCACGUAUAAGUCAGUAUGGAUGCUAUCCUCAAAAUAAAUCCACCAGGGAACCCAUCAAAGAUCCUAACCACCCUAUCAUCAAAAGACACAUAGAUAGGUUAAAAGCGAUCCCAGGCACCAAGUUUGAUAGCUACGACCCACAGCAAGGCACCUGGGUUUUCACUACUGACAGCCCAGUAGGUAAUUGA